AUGCAGGCAGCAGUGCUGAGCACGCUGCAGCGGGACAUAUUGGGUUUGGGGGGCGCAGGCGAGAACGGUGUGGGAGCAGCAGUAGAGAGGGUUUGGGGUGUAAAUGCAGCAAUCUAUCUGAAUAUUAAAACCUUCUUUCCUUUAGAUUUUCUUAAAUAUCGAUUUGUACAGAUUCUUCUUCCUCCCGUGAUGGGGAAUCUUUUAGAGAGCGAAUGCCUACCUCAAGACGCUAUCUGCGUCUGCCUCCGCCCUCCAGAGGAAGCAGAGGAGAGAUUAUCAGAAGUUACUCCUGCUGUAGUAGAGUUGGGGUAUCAGCCUGCAACAGAGGCAGCAAAAGCUGCAACACGGCCCCGCAGUAGGAGCAGCAGCAGCGACGGCAGCGCCGGCAGAGUCGGUGGCAACGGCAGCAGAAGCAGCAGCAGCAGCAGCAAUGGCAGCAGCGGUAGCAAAAGCAGCGGUGGUAGCAGCAACAGCAGCGAAGCAGCAGCUAUGGAAGGAAGGAGACCUAAGAUGGCGGCACCAAAGAGGGAACAGAGACCGGGAGAAGCAGAAGCUGCUGCUGCUGCUGAGGAAUCUGCUGCUGCUUCUGCUUCUUCCUCUGAGAUUGCUUCUGCUGACCUUCCUGUUCCACCUGCUGCUGCUGCUGCUGCUGCUGCUAGGGAUACAGGCGAAGGAGCAGCAUCAGAGAGCCCGACACCUCUUUCUUCUUCUGGAUCAUCAGCACCAGAACCAGCAGCAACAGCAGCAGCAGCAAGAGUAGCAGCAGCAAAAGUACCAGCAGCAAGAGCACCAGCAGCACCACGAUGGAUUGUUGGAUCCUUUAGACCUCCUGUGCAUAUUAAUGUGCUGCACCAAUUAGAGAGAGAAGCAAGAGAGGCGCAGCACGAGUUGCUGCUGUCUCUCUUCCAUCAAUGGGACCCAGAGGGCAAUGGAUUGGGUCUGGACUCUAUGCAGUUACCUGUUGCAUUUUUAACGGCAUGGACUUCUUGCAAAGACCCUCGACGAGCAGAAGAUCUCUAA